CUCGCUUUUUAGUUUCCGUCUUUCUCGUUCAUAACACCGUCUCGUUGGCAAAGAUAUUGUGUUAAUAAAGGACGUCCAUCGCCCACAACUGACAAGAUGCGGAUGAUUACUCGGUCCCUGUCGACUCUGCUGCCUUCCGGCAUAGUAGCUGUCGAGCAGGAGCCAUUCUCGAUAUAUGUCCAUUGGCCGUACUGCUCAAGCAAAUGCACAUACUGUAACUUCAACAAGUAUGUUGACCCUGACGUCGACAACGAGCGCAUGGAGCGAUCACUGGUCACGGAGCUUAAAACUGAAUUGACACACUGGGGCCUGGAUCGAAAAUCACGACCUGUCCGGUCUGUAUAUUUUGGCGGAGGAACCCCUAGCCUGGCAAGACCAAGUAUGUUCCAAUCCGUACUGGACACCUUGGACCGAAUGUGCCAUCUCUCCAAAGAUACAGAGAUCUCCAUGGAGGGAAAUCCGUCUUCUACAACAUCUGUCCAGACACUCAAGUCCCUGCGUGAUAUUGGGAUUAAUCGAUACUCCUUGGGCGUGCAAUCCUUUCAGAACCACAUAUUGAAGGAAUUGGGUCGCGACCAUACGCCCUCUUCCGCUCUGAGGUCUUUGCUCGACGCUCGCUCUGUAUGGCCUGGAAGAGUGAACAUGGACCUAAUUAUGGGUCAUGCAGGUCAGACCCUGGAAGACUGGACGAAGGAACUGCGGUUUACGAUGGAUGUUGUAGAUGAUCACCUAAGUCUUUAUCAUCUCACGGUCGAGCCUGGAACAGCACUGCAUAAGGAUGUUACGCAGGGCAAAAUCGCUUUGCCCGACAAUGACCAGGCGACAGACAUGUAUGAGGCCAUGAUUGAGCUGACAAGCAAAGCUGGAUUCGAGCAUUAUGAGGUCUCCAAUUUUGCUAGGAACCAGGCAUACAGCAAACACAACAGUGGUCAUUGGCUAGGCGUUGAUUACUUGGGCAUAGGACCUGGGGCCCAUGGACGAGUACGCGACCCACGGACAGGAGAACGUCUACGGACGUUUAAUAUCCGCGACCCGACAGGUUGGAUGCGUCAAUGCGCCGAGCAAGGGACUGGCCUUAGACGCACAGUAGCGAUUAGUCCUGAAGAGAGCAAGCAGGAACUUGUAGUUCUGGGCAUGCGCACCAAGCUGGGAGUCGACCUGGAAACCUUCCGGCGACUUACGGGGCAGGAUCUACUUAAGUACUUAGAUGCAGAUGCGACUCGUUCAAGCAUCGGGGGAGGACUCGUUACACUGACACCAGGGGCACUGUCGCCAACAGAGAGGGGCAUGGCGGUCGCGGACGAGCUGGUGGCGAGAUUAGUUCCUUGAGUAGCAUUGAAUAUAGACAACGGGAACGUAAUUUUUAGCCCCCUCCUUUCGGGUGAGAAGGCGG